AUGAAGAACGCCCUUGCGCUCAAGCAUCUCGCAGAGAGCCUUGUGCUCCCGAUGGUGGGCAUCAACAAGGGUCUGAAGAGCGGGUUAUCUCAGCCCGAGACCGAUCAACAAUCCCACGAGCUACCCUUAGCUCGUCACGAAGAGAUGUCAGAGAUCUCUCGUUCUCAAGCUGAGCAAAGGCAAACUCAGCUCGAUGCUUCAAGACAGUGUCCGCCAAUUGUAGACGCCUGCCCCGCUCGUGUUCGAGAUCGUCGCGUAACGCAAGAGUUACGCGAUCAAAGAAGCUCUCGGGAACACACCGAUCCCCAUGAUCGUGUGGAGAGCGUCUUUCCUCCUCCUCCACCUCCAUUAGAGGACUCUAGCGGUGGCCAGCGCUAUCUAGUUGAGCAGCUGUUGAACCACCGCGACGUGAACGGACGUCGGACGAGUUAUCUCUCGUCCGGUGGCGCGGCUAUCCCCCGUCCUGGGAUUCUUGGGAGCCCCGCUCCCAACUGA